UGAUGUUCCAGCUUUAGCUACCCCACUGCCGCCGCUGCUCAAAAUGAUGUCCGGACUGCCGGAGGCCCUGAGCCGGCUGAGGGCGAACUCUCUGCGCAGCUGUUUCAGCCUGGCGGGGCCCUCGGAGUCCACCAUGGUGGCCGUGCCCAUCGACAUCGACAAGGACGAGGUCCGUAUCCUCAAGGUCUGCUUCCACAGCAACAGCUUCAACAUGGGGAAGAACUUCAAGCUGGUGAAAUGUACCGUCAUGACCGAGAUCAGGGAAGUGAUCAAGUCGAUCCUGCAGAGCGGGAGGAUUGGCCCGGACAUCCAGCUCGCCGAGUGCUAUGGAUUACGCCUGAAGCACGUGAAAUCGGACGAGAUCCACUGGCUCCAUCCGGACCUGACGGUGGGCGAAGUCCAGGACAAGUAUGAGUGUCUGCACAUUGAAGCCGAGUGGAGGUAUGACCUACAGAUCCGCUACCUCCCGGAGGACUACGUAGAACGCUUCCAAGAGGACCGGACGACGCUUCUGUAUUUCUACCAGCAGCUCCGGAGCGAGUACAUGCAGCUGUACGCUAGCAAAGUGAGCGAGGGCAUGGCCCUUCAGCUGGGCUGCCUGGAGCUCAGGAGGUUCUACAAGGACAUGCCUCACAACGCUCUGGACAAGAAAUCCAACUUCGAGUUCCUAGAGAAGGAAGUGGGUCUGGAUCUGUUCUUCCCAAGGCAGAUGCAGGAGAAUCUGAAGCCCAAGCAGUUCCGCAAGAUGAUCCAGCAGACCUUCCAGCAGUACGCCCUCCUGCGGGAGGACGAGUGCAUCUUGAAGUUCCUCAGCACUCUCUCCACCAUCGCCAACAUUGACCAGGAAAGCUACCGCUGCGACCUGAUUCAAGGAUGGAGCAUCACAGUAGACCUGGUGAUUGGGCCGAAGGGCAUACGGCAAAUGACCAGCAAAGAAGCAAAGCCCACGUGCCUGGCCGAGUUCAAGCAUAUCAAAUCCAUAAAGUGUUCAGCCGCAGAGGAAGGCAAAGCUCUCUUGCAGCUGGGGCUUACGGGGAACCCCCAGUCCUUGGCGAUCAAAACAGCCUCUCUUGCCGAGGCGGAGAACAUGGCGGACUUGAUCGACGGCUACUGCAGGCUGCAGGGUGGCUUGGACACGUCGCUCAUCGUCCGUCCCAACAGAGAGAACGAUAAGAGGAUCAGCCUGCCCCAGGUCCCAGUACAGCACAUAGAGGAGAGGAGGUCCACGCUGAGAGAGAGCUUCAGUGGGGAUUCUGAUAUUUAUGCCGAGAUUCCAGACGAAGCCUCCCGGCCAAAAUCUGGAGCUCAACAGUUUGUGAUCUCCCGGGAAGAUGUCGUCCUGGGACGGAUCCUAGGAGAGGGUUUCUUCGGCGAGGUCUACGAGGGCGUUUACACCAACGAGAGCGGAGAGCGGGUCAGUGUGGCCGUCAAGACCUGCAAGAAGGACUGUACAGCUGAGAACAAGGAGAAGUUCAUGAGCGAAGCAGUGCUGAUGAAGAAGAUGGACCACCCGCACAUUGUGAAGCUCAUUGGCAUCACCGAGGAGGAGCCCACCUGGAUUGUGAUGGAGCUCUACCCUUACGGAGAGCUGGGACGCUACCUUGAGCAGAACAAGGCGUCGAUGAAGGUGCAGACCCUUAUCCACUACACCUUGCAGCUUGGCAAAGCCAUGGCCUACCUGGAAGCCAUCAACUGUGUGCACAGGGACAUUGCUGUCCGGAAUGUCCUGGUGGCUUCUCACGAGUGCGUCAAACUGGGAGAUUUCGGCCUCUCCAGAUACAUUGAGGAUGACGAGUAUUACAAAGCCUCCGUGACUCGCCUGCCCAUCAAGUGGAUGGCCCCAGAGUCCAUCAACUUCCGCCGAUUCACCUCUGCCAGCGACGUGUGGAUGUUCGCCGUCUGCAUGUGGGAAAUCCUCAGCUACGGGAAGCAGCCCUUCUUCUGGCUGGAGAACAAGGACGUGAUCGCGGUGCUUGAGAAGGGCGACCGCUUGCCCAAGCCGGACGCCUGCCCCCCCAUCCUCUACGCUCUGAUGACCCGCUGCUGGGAUUAUGACCCCAGCGACAGGCCCAAGUUCAAAGAGCUGGUCUGCAGCUUGAGUGACGUUUACCAGAUGGAGAAAGAGAUUGCACGGGAGCAAGAGAGGAACAGCCGCCACCGGCCCCCCAAAAUCAUGGAGCCCCCCUCUUCGCAGGAGCCCCCUCCAAAGCCAAGCAGACCAAAGUACAAGCCGCCCCCUCAGACCAACCUGCUGGCCCCCAAACUGCAAUUCCAGGUGCCCGAGGGUCUGUGUGCCAGCUCGCCAACGCUCACCAGCCCCAUCGAGUACCCAUCUCCCGUCAACUCCUUGCACACACCGCCGCUCAACAGGCACAACGUCUUCAAGCGCCACAGCAUGAGGGAGGAGGACUUCCUGAGGCCCAGCAGCCGGGAAGAAGCCCAGAAGCUCUGGGAGAUGGAACGGGCCAAAAUGAGGCAGCUCCUGGACAAGCAGCAGAAGCAGAUGGCGGAGGACUACCAGUGGUUGCGGCAGGAGGAGAAGGCCCUGGACCCCAUGGCGUCUGUGAACAGCCACACCUUCCCCCCAAAACUCCCAGAGAAGGAGGCAGGAUACACUGAGUUCACAGGGCCACCCAGGAAGCCGCCCAGACUUGGACCUCAGUUCUCGCUUCAGCCAACCCCCACGGCCAACCUGGACCGGACGGAUGACACCGUGUACAGUGACGUCAUGGACCUGGUGAAGGCUGUUCUGAAGCUGAAGAACGAGGUCAGCAACCACCCGCCAGAACGCUACAUCCUGGUUGUGAAGGAUGUGGGCCUCUCUCUUCGGAAGCUCAUCGGGAGCGUGGAUGAAGUCCUCCCGGCUCUGCCUGCCUCUUCACGGACUGAGAUUGAAGGCACCCAGAAGCUCCUCAACAAGGACCUUGCCGAACUGAUCAACAAGAUGCGCUUGGCUCAGCAGAACGCCAUGACGUCCCUGAGCGACGAGUGUAAGCGCCAGAUGUUGGCCGCCUCGCACACUCUGGCCGUGGAUGCCAAGAACCUCCUGGACGCUGUGGACCAAGCCAGGAUGAGAGCCAACCUAGUGAAGGUCUCCUUUGAGUGACCCAGAGGGCUGGCUUUCUUUUUAAAAGAUGAAUGAAUAAGUAGCCCCCCCCCCUCCAAGCUUCCCUGCUCUGUCUCCACCUCUGCCCUGCCGCAACACGCUCGUGUCUUCGAUUUCGUCGCGUCCGUCUUCCGAGAACGAAGGAGAAGAGACUCUGGGGGAGAGCCGUCUGCGUGCGAGGCAGGGAAGGGACUUGCCUUCCUCUGCCUUGUAGAUCAUGCUGCUAAGGGGGGGGUGCAGGACCCCGGUUCUAGGGGGGGUGGCAGUUCAGACCUGUCAAGGGGUCCUGGGCCUGCACCAGUAGGGUCCCGUGCGUGUAGGUGUGCAGGCGUCGCUGUGUACAGUCUGGUUUCUUUGCCGGUAUCUCUGGCGCCGAGGUGUCUCAAUGGUGAAGGGGGUCAAAGGCGGGGAGAAGUGGGGCGACCCAUGAACCUCACUGCCACCGUUCUCCGGAUAAGCCAGAGGAACAGUGGCAGGCCAGGCCACUUCCGGGUUUCUCCCGAGGGUCCCGAAGACCCAGUUCUGGGAGGAAAAGCUUGCUAGGACACCUUGCGUCACUUCGAUGAGAGACAUUCUCAAGGUGAGCCUUACAGGAGGCUGUCUCGUGUCUUUGUACAUUGUAUAGGAACAUUUAUUUAAUGGCCAUGUACGAGAACUGUAUGUGCAACCUCCCACCCUAGGGG